GUAAGAGAGAGAGAGAGAAAAUUAGAUCUCGAGCUUGAAAAAAUAAAGUUCAUCCACCUUCUCUGCCUGCUUUCUUUGAUUCUUUCCUCUUUCUCUCUGUCAUUUUGUGGAGAGAGAAGAGAAAGGAAAUAUAUAUAUAUUAAGUAUUCAGUAGUAAACGAACAAAGAAUUUGGGGAAUUCUGCUGUCAGAGCUCUUUUUUUUUUUUUUGGUUUUUUGCCUGCCUGUCACCUUACCUGUCAUUCGGCAUUGUGGGUGGCGACGCAGGAAGGUAGAAUUCGACAGAGAGAGAGAGAGAGAGAGAAAUAGCAGGUACAUCCUUGAAUUUGGUGAUUUUUCUUGCUGCGAUUCAUUUGAUCAACUCUUUUUCAUUGCCGAUUCAACCUAGAAUUGGCGACGUUGUUCGUUUAUGUAUGAACAAGUUUCUUCUGUAAUUGAUCAACAUUAAGGCUAUAGUUGUUAGUUUCUAUGUGUGUGCUUUGAAUAUCUUCUGUAAGUAACACCAUUGAAUUGCGGCUAAGCUCCUUCACGUCAAUUUCAUUCUUCUGAGAUAGACAGAUAUCGAAGAUGCGCAAGUGGCUUUGCUGUGCCUCUCAAGUAGAAGAUAGAUAUCCAAUCCUCGACUCCGAGCCUUUCACAAGUGCAAACAACUCUUACGAUAAUGAUGGAUUUAAGACACCAUAUAUUCCCGUGAAACCUGAUGCUAAGGCUAUACCUCCCAUUGAAGUGCCAGAACUAUCCUUGAACGAACUAAGAGAGAAAACCGAUAAUUUUGGGCCCAAGGCAUUGAUUGGUGAAGGUUCAUAUGGCCGAGUAUAUUAUGCAACCCUAAACAAUGGACAAAUCUUUGCUGUGAAGAAGCUUGAUGUUUCUUCUGAACCCGAAACAAAUAACGAAUUCUUGUCCCAGGUAUCCAUGGUUUCAAGACUGAAGCAUGAAAACCUUGUUCAGCUGCAAGGUUACUGCAAAGAAGGAAGUCUUCGUCUGCUGGCCUACGAAUUUGCAACAAUGGGAUCUUUGCAUGACAUUCUUCAUGGUAGAAAAGGAGUACAAGGAGCACAACCUGGUCCUGUUCUUGACUGGAUUCAGCGGGUGAGAAUUGCUGUUGAUGCUGCGAGGGGAAUGGAGUAUUUACACGAGAGGGUAAAACCAUCAAUAGUACACCGAGAUAUUAGGUCAAGCAAUGUGCUUCUAUUUGAAGACUUUAAGGCUAAAAUAGGCGACUUUAACCUCUCCAAUCAAACUCCUGACAUGGCUGCACGUCUUCAUUCUACUCGGGUUUUGGGAACAUUUGGUUAUCAUGCACCAGAAUAUGCAAUGACGGGACAAUUGACACAGAAAAGUGACGUGUAUAGCUUUGGAGUGGUUUUGCUAGAACUCUUGACUGGAAGGAAACCUGUAGAUCAUACAAUGCCUCGUGGCCAGCAGAGUCUUGUUACAUGGGCCACUCCUAGACUGAGUGAAGACAAGGUCAAGCAAUGCGUUGAUCCAAAACUUAAAGGAGAAUACCCUCCCAAGGGAGUUGCCAAGUUAGCAGCUGUUGCAGCAUUGUGUGUUCAGUAUGAGUACGAGUUCCGACCAAAUAUGAGCAUCGUUGUCAAGGCUCUCCAACCACUACUGAAGCCUCCUCCUCCCAUAAUUCCACAGGUUUGAUAGAAAAAAAAAAAAAAAAAACAAUCUUGCAAUAUAUGGUUUCAUUCUUAUCUCUUAUAUUUCUUCUUCUUCUCUUGGGGGAUUCGUCUCCCCCACAUAUAUCUAACUUGUGGUUUGUUCGGUUUUGUAUCGCAUGGUUGUUGGGUUAAAUCUGUUUCUUGGACUAUUAUUUGUUCAUUCUCAAGACAAGCAAUAAUAAUUUUAAGUUGUGUGGGUGUGCAUAUGAAUCUGUGUUUUUUUAUUUCCUUUUGAAUAACAUUGUUUAAACAAAUCUGGUUGUUGUUACUAGUAUUAUAGUUAUUAAUAGAAAAAUACUUUGAGUUCUCA